AUGGAAUCCCUUUCAAAUUCUCCAACUGUAUCGAAUAUUACUUUGAUGACUGUAAAGAUUGGAAUGAUGGCUGAUCCUAGAUUGAAAAAGUGGUAUUCUCAAGUGAAUGGUACAGACGCAGAUAGAAAAGUUCAUGUUGCAGUGAUGGAGAGCGAGUCAUUCUUAUCUGAAAGUUCUGAUCUUUCAUAUCUUUACAAUGAAAUGAGUAAGAUUAGAGAUUUGGAUGUAAUUGACCAAUUCAAAUUUACUUUCAAUAGAUUUAUGAUUCCAUACGAACGUUUACUUAUUCAAAGUUUGGAAAUUGCUGAAGUUUUAAAUGGAAAAGUUAUUAAUAUUGUUCCAUUGGAAGAACGUUUACAAAAAUUAGCUAAAAAUCCUCAAAAAGGUGUCAAGAGAUUUAUGAGAAUUCGUAAUGAUCCAUCUGAAACUCUAUUCGAUCAGGCAGUUGUCGAUUUUGCUUUGAUUUCAAUGCAAGCUAUC